AUGGUGAACAAUGAAUUUAUUAGCAACCAAGGAAAGGCAUACGGAAAAGAUAUUGGAUACUCUCUCUAUCGUAUUUCCUAUGAAAUGACAAUUUAUUACAGCAUGGAAAAUGUCACGACAUACAUUUCAAACCAAACUUCUUUGCGCUCGCCUCAACUCUACAUGUAUCCUGGUCAACACAUUCCCACUAUUGAAUUCAAACUUUGGAACAAUGGAACUGAAAGAGUAUUAUUUGUAGCGAGCUCUCCAGUGUUUCAAUUGGAAGAUCACUCUAUUGCAUUUAUCAGUUAUAAUAACAGUGCUUCAUCCAACACUCGGAAUUUCAUUGGGUUCAAAUCAUUUGCUAUUUCAUUGUAUGAAUUGGAUCGUGAUUCCAUUCGUGGUAAUAUUUAUCUAACUGCAUCGGAAAUCAUUGAAGUUUGGAUCCAUAUUUUGCCAUGUCCUCCAGAUACUCGCUUACAUAUGAAUGGUAAUCCUGUUGGAACCUACUCAUGCAUUUCCAUUCCAUACAUACCUUACGCUAUUAUCAUUUCGGUGGCCUCUAUUGUUUCUAUUCUAUUCUUUUCAUUGUUUCUAAUUGCUGUUUAUGGAAUUUUUAGAAUUUAUAGAAACAUAUUUAGAAGAUUGAAACGAUUAGAAUCAAAAGAAAAUGCUGAAAAAAGAAUCGAAACUAAAUUAUUGGAAAAACGUGUUGUAUUAAUGGAAAAUGGUGACACUUCAAAUUUGGUUGAACAUCCAACAGAGAGAACCUCGUUAUUAAUUAACAGUACUGUAGAGAGAAAACGCAAGAGUUCAUUCUCGUCACAGCAAUCAUCGUGGAUUAGCUCUAUUGAUGAAAUUGAAAUUUUAAAAAGACUUGCAGAAGGAGCAAGUGGCACUGUUUAUUUAGCAAGCUGGAAUGGAACCCAAGUUGCUUUAAAAUCUUGGAAAAAUACAAUGAGUAGUUCUGACCAUGAAGUUGCAAAUGACCACCAUGAGCAAGAGUUUGAAGAAGGAUUUGAAAAAGAGGCUGCACUUUUAGGAAGUAUUCGUCAUCCAAAUGUUAUUCAAUUUUAUGGAGUUGUCGUUGCUAAUCCCACCAGAAAAUACAUUGUUGUGGAAUAUUUGGAAAAGGGAAGCUUAGACAAACUGAUUUACAACUCCAAGUUGGGAAUUGAAAAAUUAUCACUACGACAAAAAAUUGAUAUUUUAUUGGGAGUAGCGAGAGGAAUGAAUUAUUUACAUUCACAUGCCAUCAUUCACAGAGAUUUAAAACCAGGAAAUAUUUUGAUAGAUAAAAACUACAUGGCCAAAAUAUGUGACUUUGGGUUGAGCAAAACUUGGAAUAACUUUUCACAGUCUGCAAUAACCACCAAUGUUGGAACGUUAUUUUACAUGGCCAACGAAAUGAUUUCUGAGGAUGUUGCUCUGUAUAAUCACAAAGUAGAUGUAUACAGUUUUGCAAUUAUCAUGUGGGAAUUGUACUUUGAAGAAAAUCCUUAUUUAAAUUCGCAAUCUCAAAAUUUGCGAAAUUCUUGGAACGGAAGAGAAAAUCUGAAACACAUUAUUCAUCUGAAGGGCUUGGUGCAGGUCUAA